CUGGAUGACAGCUAUCCGGCGCCGAAACGCCGAUAGACACUCAGACGAAAGAGCCAUGGCGGCCACGGGUGGAGGGAAAAUUAGAAGCAGGAGAUAUCACAUCGCCUCUAAACCUUACGCCAAGAGUAAACAGCAACCGUCGGGCCUCAUCAGUCGAGUGACAGACACGGUGAAGAGCAUCGUUCCUUCCUGGCUGCAGAAAUACUUCAAGAAUGAAGAUGCUCCUGAAGGAGCAGAGGAUGUUCUUGAGACAGUCCGGAACUGCCUGCCACCACCUCCUCCGAAUGGCAGCGAAGAGGCACCUCCUCCCGUUGAUGGGUGUGACUCCCCAGAGCCAAGCACCAGUAACAUGGAGCCCUCAACCAGCCGGGCGUCCCUAAACUUUCAAGAUUAUGUUCUUUCUCGACCUCCACUGAGUCGUUCCCACCUCCAGUUCCCUCCACUGGAUGCCUCCUCCCCGACCCUGGGGGCCUCCAGCAGCCAUUUCUCCCAACCCUCCACCUCCUCUGCCCCUGGACCUUUUUCCACAGGCUUCUCCUUGGUCAAAGAAAUCAAGGACAACCUCUCGCAGCACGAAGAUGAUAACAUCUCCACCACUAGCGGCUUCUCCUCCCGUGCCUCAGACAAAGAUGUCCCUACUUCCAAAACGGCGUCGCCUCCUCAACUUUGGUCCCCCGAGAUGGAGAGAACACACUGUGGGCCUCAACCAGCCCAAUCCAGUCUGAGAAAGCCUUCUUUUAACCUGUCUGUAUUUGGAAAUUCCUCCAAUUCGUCAUUAAACAGCACAUUACUAAACUCCAGCCAGCUGGGAGAUUCACCCUUCUACCCCGGGAAGACCAUGUAUGGUGGGGCAUCUGCGGUCAGGACCUCCCGUGCUCGCCCUGGAACACCGUACCAGGCCCCUGUGAGGAGACAGAUCAAGGCCAAGCCUGCUGGGGCUCAACCCUGUGGGGUGACCAGCGCCACAGCCAGACGCAUCCUUCAGUCCUUGGAGCGAAUGUCGAGCCCCCUGGCUGAUGCCAGGAGAAUCCCAGCAGCAGCAGCAGCAGCAGCCGCCUCCUCCCCGCUGUCAGCAUCAAUGGAUGGCACAAAUCUAGAUGUUUCAAAUUUCCAGUCGAAAAGGAAACGUAUGGAUUCCAGCCUUCCACCGGUGCAGAAGCUGGUGGUUCCAGUUGCAGCGUCGGUGUCAGGAAACCGCUCUGUGUCCUUCAGGCCCACCUUAACUCCUGGAGGAGUGAGCCGAACUCUUGACAGGACCCCCAGAGAGACGCCUAAGAGACAAUCACCGCAACUUUCCGAAGUGACCCCAGGUCCAUCUAAAAGCACAAAGAUUCCCAGUGCCCCGGUCUAUCCUCUGUCCAGCACGCCUGCAGCCAGCAGUGUGACCUCCGGAGGGGGCAAGAUGAAGAGAGAGAGGACCAGUACACGGCCUUCCUCCAAGCGCUCCGAAGAGGACGAGGUGGCUGAGGUUCUGGACCUACCAACAAUUUCACUUCCCAUCAGCACCUCUGCCUUGCCAAGCUUCAGCUUCUCUUCCCCUCUUCCCCCGCUCGCCAACACCAACAGCACAGCUCCCAACCCCACGCCUGUUACUCCCGCUAAGGAAGUGGUCACAGAUAAGGCACCAACGAUCUCUACACCUCCCUGUCUACCUUUUACUUUUUCCUCUCCUAUUGUCAAAGCAACUGCUGCUAGUCCUCCCGCCUUUUCCCCCUCAGCUGGAUUCACUUUUAGCGCACCCGUAGCAAAGUUAGGACCCUCCAUGUCAAAUGGGAAGCUGUCCUCUCCCAUAGUUGCAGCGCUGAAGUCAGCAACAAGCAAAAGUCCCGAAGAUUUUGACGGGCUUUUCAAGCCAGCUAAGGCCCUGAAGCAGGGCAGUGUGUUAGAUCUUCUCAAGGCGCCUGGCUUUGCUUCGCCUGUUGCCGGGACUUCUCCAGGACCAGACAUUGCUCUGCUGCAGACCUCCACACACACCACAGCCCCCUCCUCCUCCUCCGCCGCCACCACCUCCACCUCCCUCUCUUCAAAAGGGUUUAGCGAUGUGUUCAAAGCCCCACCAGGCUGGAGCUGUGAUGUCUGCAUGGUGCAGAACAAGCCGUCAGAGACCAAAUGUGCUUGCUGUAUGGCCCCGCAGCCAUCUUCAUCCAAAUCUAUGGACAUUACACCUUCAGCUGCGACCUCAGUUGGGCUAGAAAGCAGCAGCACGAACACCACCUCCACCACUACAACGAACGCAGGUUUCGGGGCAAUGUUCUCCAAACCGGCAGGAACUUGGGACUGUGAUACGUGCCUGGUUCUAAACAAACCUGACGCAGUGAAGUGUGUGGCCUGUGAAACGGCCAAACCUGGGACAGGGCUUAAACCCUCACUGACUCUUCCUUCUGCCUUCUCAGCUGUUAAGACUGUGUCCCCGCCUACAGCCCCCGUUUCUACAGUGUUCAUCGGAUUUGGAGACAAGUUCAAAAAACCUGCGGGUGCAUGGGAAUGUGACACGUGUAUGGUAGAAAAUAAGGCGGAGGAUACAAAGUGCGUGGCCUGCAUGAGCGCUAAACCAGGAGCCUCAGCGGGCGCCUCUUCUUCAGCCAGCAGUGCCCCAGUGUUUGGGUUGGGAGAUGCGUUCAAAAUGCCAGAGGGAGCCUGGGAAUGCGAUGUCUGUCUUGUACAGAAUAAGGCGGCUGAUGUGCAGUGUGUCGCCUGUCAGGCAGUCAAACCCGGAGCUAAAGUGGAGCCCAAAGCUUUUGGUUCAUCAGCUGGCGGGACUUCAACCUCUAAUUCUGGAGGCUUUAAGUUUGGCGCACCAGACAGUACAUCCGGAUCCGGAUCUGUAGGUUUCAAGUUUGGAGGCUCCUUGAAAGAGUCCUCCUCUUCAUCGUCAGAUGGAUUCAAAUUUGGAGUCCCGUUUGGAAGCUCCUCAUCAGAAACAACUUCUAAAGACACUACUGCGUCGUCAGGGUUCAAAUUUGGCAGCUCAUCUGAGGGCUUUAAAUUUGGGACUGCCUCUAGUGAUGAUAAAAAGUCUGACCAAUCCGCUGCAGGUUCUGGGUUUAAGUUUGGAGCAAGUGGUGGGAUAGCAUUUGGAAUUGGCUCAUCCAGCACAGACGGUAAUUCUUCUAAGGGCGGCUUCACAUUUGGACUCUCAAAACCAGAGGAGAAAACCCCCGACACCACCACCACCAAACCACCCCGUCUUAGUUUCACUCCUCCUGCUGCCUCUCAGGAGAAAGGUGAGGGUGCUGUAUCUUCAAAUGACGCCACCUCCACCACCACCACCGGGUCAGUGUUUGGAAGUUUGGCGAGCGCUGCACCACAGGGUGGCUCUGCUUUUGGAUCCAUACAAACGGACAAAGAGCCAGCGGCUCCCACGUUUACAUUUGGAAAGCAAGAGGAAAAAGAAGCAGCAGCCGCCUCGUCGGCUCCGUCGGCCUUCCUCUUUGGUGCCGCUAAUAAAGAUGCAGAUGCUGCACCACCAGCAGCCGGGAACCUGGGAGGCUUUUCCUUCAGCAAGCCCAGUGCGCCAACGGAACAAACUCCUCCCCCGUACAACUUUGGCAAGGCGGCAGACAAGAGUGAAACGUCUGCAGCAGAGGCACCAAAACCCUCUUUUAGCUUUGGCCAAAGUGCUGCAGAUUCUUCUACUGCUCUGAAACCAGCGUUUUCCUUCAUGGCCGGUAAUCCCACCAACGCCACCACUUCAUCAUCCACCACCUCGACGCAAAGUCUGUUCGGCACGACCAACAGCAUCAACAACACCAGCUCCGCUCAAGGCCCCGCUCCGAGCGGCUUCAUGUUCGGUCAAACCGCCGCCGCGCCUGGUGACGCUCCUCCGGCCAAAGCCUUCCUCUUCGGCCAGGGUCAGGACAGCCAGGCGUCCGCACCGUCAGCUGCACCUCUGAACUCUACGCCUGCUCCAUCCCCAGCUCAGCCCUUUAUCUUUGGUGCACCCGCCACUGCUGCCGCUCCUGCGGCUGCCGCCGCCGCUCCUCCAUCUUUCGGCUUUGGAGCAGCCGCACCCACCACUGCCUCGACUUCAGUUCCCUCUGCAGCCCUCUCACCAUUUGCAUUCAACCCGGCCCCCUCUGGUGGAUUCGGGGCCAAUCAGAAUUCGUCAUUCGUUUCCACCUUCGGGUCCCCCUUCACAGCCACACCUUCACAGCCCCCGGCCUUCGGGGCCAAACCCAACACCACGCCUGUCUUUGGACAGCAGACCAACUCCACACCUGUCUUUGGGGUGGCUGCUAAUUCUGCACAAGGUGGAGGCUUUCAGUUUGGAGGAGCCAGUGCAUUUGGUGCCACAAACAAUCCCUCGGGAGGAGUGUUUACUUUCGGAGCAGGAGGGGCACCAUCUCCUGGCCCCCCUGCAAACACCUCCAUCGCACCACAGUCAGGACCACCUGGGGGUGGAUUUAAUUUUUCACAACCCCCAGCAUUCAAUAUUGGGUCAGCGAAAACCUUCACCGCCGCUCCUGCUGGGCCGCAAACCAUUGCUGGGCGCAAGAUCAAGACAGCGGUGCGGCGCAGAAAGUAGAGCCACGUGGACUCGACCAUAACGAAGACUUGACUUUGACAUGACUGUAUCCCCACCGAAGGCUAAAUAAAGUCCUGCGAGGUCGCAGCUAGACGAACACUGGAGUUUCUUGGCCGAGGCUCGAGGGCCAAUCUGUGCUCGGGCUGGACGGGCCGCAGGCCGAGCGGAUCAUUCACAGGUUUUGUGACAACUGUAGACUGAACAAAGACACCAACUUAAAAAAGAACAAUCAAGGAAAGACCCCCUGCUCGACAUGAUGAAACAAAACAGUCAUAUCAAUAUUUUCAACACCGGCAAAUUUCUGCUAGACUUUAGGCAUCACUUUUUGUAAGCAAACUACAAGCCUGGAGAGUUGAGUAUACAACAUUCUAUUAAUUAGCAAGGGGGAUCAGGUUGUGUACUGCGAUAUGAUUCAAGGAGCCGCUGGAGAUGUGGCGUGCUGUAUGUACAGGGACGAGCGUGUAAACUUUGUGGU